AGCUGCACCUAAGAACCAGGGUGCCGUUUGUCGAGUUUCAUGCGCCCCUAGUGUUCGGAUCAGACUGUGCCACUGUCUGGCACUCGAUAGGCUGUGCAGCACGCCCCGGGACAUGUCCCCUAGGCAUACGAAAGCUGUUAACCACCGGCUUGUAGAGUACUCGGCGUCGACGAAUCUGUUGUUUCACCGGCGCGUUGUGCAGGCGCUUGCAGGGCGGAGGCUUCCCCAGGCGUGGCCGCAGGCGUUGGAUUCGACGUGUCGCGGCGGGCAAAAGCAACGGGUUCCAGAUGGGCGUCAAUGGUAGCAGCAGCAGCCUUACCGGUGCACGCCCACUGCAAACAGCUGGCUAGUGUAAUUGCCGGCACGAGGUUGUUCCUGGGCGAGAUGGGACAUGACGUGCGAUCGAUCAGAGGGAACGCGUGCUCGGACGGCCUCAUUGGCCGCGCUCCCUUGCUCCUUCCUUGCAGGUGCGUUUGCGGUGGCAGCCAAGGAAGGUGCGCUGCAGCUGCCUCCAAGCCUGCCUACUUGCUCUUGUCCUGCCCGCUUUCCUCUCCGCGGUCGAGUAGCAGGCUAAGACGCUCCUCUUCCUGUCUUCUUGUUUCAGCGUCCUCUUCGCGUCUUUGCAUCUCUCCUGCCCCAACCCUCAAUUUAUCUGCUAUCAGAAGAAAACGCACACCGCCCUCCCGCUGCAGAUCCGGCAUUACUGUCGUCAGAGGUUACUUUUUAGCGCCCUUAAGCGAAUUGCUCCGCUGCCUCAUCGCAUCAGCACAGGUUAGAUAGCAGCCCACACCCCCUCAAAGGAGCUCCUUUCUCACAGAGUCACGUAGAAUUGCACCGCACAUGACAGGCAGCCUACUCCCUCCGACAAUUGCCAGCCCACACCUGGCCGCCGACUUCACCACCCACUUGGCCCUCGUCACCG